UUCUAGGCGUGUGCAGAGUGCAGACUGCACUUCAUUUCAGGAGUUUGGUACAGUAUUUAUAAUCUCUCAACUGGGAACAUUGUUAUUGUAUUUAACUUUAGAAUUUGUUGAAAGACGUCCCUCUUUUGUCGAGGACAUGGAUUUCUCGCUGGCAGAUGCCAUAGCGGACAAUGUCCCGGGCCAAGCUGAGAAAGCGAGUAACCCCAACCCAGCCGCCCCGCCGCCCACUAACCCAGGAUGGCCUGGUGCAGCUCCUGGAGCCCCAACACAGCCCUCUGCUCCUGGGGGAUUCCCUGGGGGCCCACAGUCUGGUCCAGGGGCCCCGGGGCAGUUCCCUGGAAGCCAAGGACCGUUCUCCUCUGGUCCUGGAGCACCAGGGCAGUAUCCUGGAGCUCCCUCUGCCCCUGGUGGGUUCCCGCCCGGACCAGGGGUACCGGGACAAUACCCAGCCGGGCCCGGAGCACCUGGGCAGUACCCAGCAGGACCCGGAGCACCUGGACAAUACCCAGCAGGACCCGGAGCACCUGGACAGUUCCCUGGGCAGUUCCCCCCUGGUGGAGCCCCCGGUAAUUUCCCUGGAGGCCCCAUGCAGUACCCAUCUGAACCCUUCCAGACUAGCCCUGGAGCACCCCCAGGACCCUACCCCAACGUGGCUUACCCAGGAGCCCAGCCUGGUGGGGGGAUGUAUGGGCCUGGAGGUCCAGGAGCUGCCUUCCCCCCUGCAGGAGGCACAUUCCCUGGGUUCCCUGGCGGGGCCUUCCCCCCAAUCCCCCCUGGAUCAUGGAGUGCUGGGGGUGGUGGAGUUUUCCCUCCCCAGCCCGGCCACCCUGGAUCUUUCGGUCCAGGUCCCAUGGGACCAUACGGGGGACCAGCCGCUCCAGGAGUCAUGUUGCCGGUGCCGUACGAACUGCCUCUCCAUGCUGGCAUCAUGCCCAGGCUGUUGAUCACCAUAGUAGGGGAACCCAUCGCUGGAGGAGACCGGUUCCAUGUCGACUUUCUAAAAGAGGAGGAUGAGGAGGAGGAUGAAGAGGUUGUGUUCCACCUCAACCCUCGUUUCUAUGAACAACAGGUUGUCCGUAACUCCCACCUGGACGGUGGUUGGGGUCCAGAGGAGAGGGAUGGAGGCUUUCCAUUCGUUCAAGGACAACGUUUUGAGCUGAAGAUCCUAGUGGAAGAGGACUCAUUUAAAGUAGCUGUGGAUGGGAACCAUUGUCUGGAGUAUGAGCACAGAGCCGGAGGGUUUGAGGACGUCACCCUGCUACGUGUGGUGGGGGAUGUCACUCUCUACAGCGUGGCCCCUAGCAUGAUCUAACACUCGAGAGAGAGACCACGGUUUGAGAGUCCCAAAUGGCACCCUAUUCCCUAUGUAGUGCACUACUUUUAGACCAGAGCCCAUAAAGCACCCUAUUCCCUAUGUGGGCCCUGGUCAAUAGUAGUGCACUACAUAGGGAAUAGGGUGCCAUUUGGGACGUGGUACAGUUCACUUCACCUGACUGACACUGGCUAAUGAUCUGGAUGGGGAGUGCAGCUCAUAUACCUCUUUCCACACUAUCGUGCUGACCCAAACCAAACUGUGCUAGCUCGGAUAGUUACUUUUCACAUUGUCCUUUUCAGCGUGGUUCCAGCAACUAUGGUGGAUGGGUAACCAGGCCAGCUCAGUACAGCUUGGUUUGGCUCGGUUUAGCUCAGUAGUAUGAAAAGCACUACACAGCAUGUCCUAUAGGCUAAUAGGUAAAUAGGUUGUCUUUUAUUUUUCAUAAACCGAUCUAAUUCUGGGCACAGUCAAAUGACUGUGUCACGUGUCGUGGUGAUAAUCUAUACAAAUGAGGGCAAGGAACUAGGCCACGUAACAGUAUCAGAGAUGGAAAUAUUUGCUUUUUAACUGCAGUUCUAGGGAAAGUAACCAUAUUUAUUCUGCAUGAAAUGUCUAGGGCAAAGAGGGCGUGUCCUUAGCAUUUCACAAUGCUGUCAUGAUGGCAGCAAAGUAGGCUGCAUUUUGUUUGUAUGUCUGUUUACUGUCUAUAAUUACAGAUGAGCCUUUCAGCGUUACGAUGCAUGUUGUGUGUAACCAGUGGACUGAACAGCCGUGUGGCUUUUGCUUUGAACCACUUUAUUUUAUUGCAAGGCUGAAUGGACUUAGACUAGAAUACAGAGGGAUUGAAGAGGGCCUCUGUGUACUGUAGGCUGGCCUAGUGUUCAUUUAGCUAGAUCUUGCUCAUAUGUCAUAACAAAUGUGUUUGACAUUUUUCAGUAUUAAUCCUCCAGGUCUCGCUGACUCCAAGGUUCAUAUGUUAUUAAGAAGUCAAGAUCUACAGCAAAAAAAUGAAAUGUAACUAGUAGCUAAAUCAAUGUAUAACUUUGUAGAUGUUACCAAAGACUUAAGGAUUAUUUUCAAAUGGAAAUUUUUUGUCAAUAAAGAAUAAAGAGAGCGGAUACAUUUUA